AUGGGCCCUGCCUGGCUGUGGCUGCUUUGCCUUUCUGUCCCCCAGGUAUUUGUCACGGCCCAGACUGCUGAGCUGCAUGUGGAAGUCCCAGAGAACUACGGUGGAAAUUUCCCUCUGUACCUGACCAAGCUGCCACUGCCCCCUAAGGAGGCCGGGGGCCUGGUCGUGCUGUCCGAGGACUCCAGCAUGAUGGCUGAUGGCCCUUUUGCUGUGGAUCCAGAGUCUGGCUUCCUGCUGGUGACCAAGGCCCUGGAUCGAGAGGAACAGGCAGAGUACCAGCUUCAGGUGACCAUGGAGACAGAGGACAGACAUGUCCUGUGGGGUCCACAGCACGUGCUUGUGCACGUGAAGGAUGAGAACGACCAGGUGCCCCGUUUCUCCCAGGCCAUCUACCGAGCUCGGCUGAGCCAGGGCACCAAGACUGGCGUUCCCUUCCUCUUCCUUGAGGCUUCAGAUGCGGAUGAGCCAGGCACAGCCAACUCGGAUCUACGAUUCCACAUCCUGAGCCAGGUGCCGGCCCAGCCUCACCCAGACCUGUUCCAGCUGGAUCCCCGAGAGGGGGCUCUGGCCCUCAGCCCCCAGGGGAGCACCAGCCUAGACCAUGCCCUGGAGGGGUCCUACCAGCUGUUGGUACAGGUCAAGGACAUGGGCGACGAGGCCUCAGGCCACCAGGCCACUGCCACCAUAGAUGUCUCCAUAGUAGAGAACACGUGGAUGCCCCUCGAGUCCAUCCACCUGGCGGAGAAUCUCAAGGUCUCAUACCCACACCUCAUUGCACAGGUACACUGGAAUGGGGGGGAUGUGCACUACCAUCUGGAGAGCCAGCCUCCUGGACCCUUCGAUGUGAACCCAGAAGGGAAUCUCUACGUAACCGAGGAGCUGGACCGAGAGGCCCAGGCUGAGUACCUGCUCCAGGUGUGGGCUCAGAAUACCCAUGGGGAGGACUACACAGAACCUCUGGAGCUGCAGGUGGUGGUGACAGAUGAGAACGACAAUGCACCUGUCUGCACCCAACCUGGACCCCCAAUCAGCAUCCCUGAGCUCAGCCCCCCAGGUACGGCGAUCACCACAUUGUCCACAGAAGACGCAGAUGCCCCUGGCACCCCUAAUGCCCACGUUGUGUAUCGGCUGCUGAGCCCUGAGCCUGAGGAGGGGGCAGAGGGGCAAGCCUUUGAGCUGGACCCUGCUUCGGGCAGGGUGACACUGGGGGCUGCCUCACUCCGAGCUGGCCAGAGCGUCGUGCUUCAGGUGCUGGCCAGUGACCUGGCGGGAGCAGAGGGUGGUCUCAGCAGCACGUGUGAGGUCACUGUUUCGAUCACAGACAUCAAUGACCAUGCUCCCGAGUUCACCACCUCCCAGAUCGGGCCCAUAAGCCUGCCUGAGGACACAGAGCCUGGGGCUCUGGUGACCACCCUUGUGGCCACUGACGCUGACAUUGAACCUGACUUCCGCCUCAUGGACUUUGCCAUUGAGUCAGGAGAUGUGGAGGGGACCUUCAGUCUGGAUUGGAAGCCAGACUCUGGUCACGCCCACCUCCGGCUCCACAAGAACCUCAGCUAUGAAGCAGCUCCAAGCUACAAGUUGGUGGUGGUGGUGCGGAGCGUGGUGAACCUGGUGGGGCCAGACCCAGGCCCCGCAUCCACGGCCACAGUGGCUGUGCUGGUGGAGAGGAUGGUGCCACCCCCCAAGCUGGACCAGGAGAGCUAUGAGGCCACUGUCCCAGUCAGCACCCCACAGGGCUCGUUUCUGCUGACCAUCCAGCCCUCAGACCCCACAAGCAGACCCCUCAGGUUCUCGCUGGUCAAUGACUCAGAGGGCUGGCUCUGCAUUGAGGAGGGCUCCGGGAAGGUGUCUACAGCCCGGUCCCUGCAGGGCGCCCGGCAUGGGGACUCAUACACAGUGCUUGUGGAGGCCCAGGAUGCAGACGAUCCAGACCUGAGCGUCUCAGCCACCCUCACGCUCCACUUCCUGAAGGCCCCGCCAGCCCCUGGCCUGCCUCCAGCCCCCAGGUUUGCCCGGCACCUCUGCACACCCCGCCAGGACCGUGGCGUGCUGGUCAGUGGAGCCAGCGAGGACCCCAACCUGGCCAAUGGACAGGGUCCCUACAGUUUUGCCCUGGGACCCAAUCCCACUGUGCAGCGAGACUGGCACCUCCAGGCCUUCAAUGGUUCCCAUGCCUUCCUCACCAUGGCCCUGCACUGGGUGGAGCCACAGGAGCACUUGGUCCCUGUAGUUGUCACCCACAAUGACCAGACGUGGCAACUCCUGAUCCGAGUGGUUGUAUGUCGGUGCAACGUGGAGGGGCAGUGCCUGCGCAAGGUGGGCCGCAUGAAGGGCAUGCCCACGAAGCUGUCGGCAGUGGGCAUCCUCGUGGGCACGCUGGCAGCCAUAGGCUUCUUGCUCAUCAUCGUCUUCACCCACUUGGCCCUGGCGAGGAAGAAGGACCUGGAUCAGCCGGUGGACAGCGUGCCCCUAAAGACAGCAAUUUGA